UUUAAUGUCACAAGAAGCAAGAGAGCAGAAGCCCAGGUAAGUGGCCAGUGCUGAGGUGGGGGUUUCCUGCCGGGGGGCUAUUUAACAGCCUCUGUUGAGCCCCUGCUAACAGACACAUCCCUGCUGGGAAGAGGAGACUCAGACGGAUCCCGGAGGAGCUGCAGUGAAAACGUCACUCAUCAGCCAUGCUGCUGCUCCCACCUCUGCAGGCUGGCCUGUGCCUCCUUCUCCUGGCGCAGGCUGAGGUUCUGAAACACACCUUCAAGAACACGCCCUGCUCGCAGUUCUUCUUCAAGGGUCAAGAGGCCCGUGUUGGCAUGCCUAACCAGGCAGCCCGCAUCUGCCAGCGGUACAAUAACAGAUACCACUUUGCCACGCUGUACGACCGACAGAAAAGGAUUCCGGUUUACUCUGCGUAUCUCUACAGGCCAAAGGCUGGAGUGUGUAAGAGACCAGACUGGUUUAUAGAGCCCCAGGUACGAAUCUGUUUCGCAACAACGGUAUUAUACAGUCUCCUGACUGUGCCCAGGACACAUCAUUUCAUCCAUUCAACUAAACAAACUGCUUUUUUAUUCAUUUUACAGUUGGCGGAGAACAAGAAGAGUUUAAAAGACAUGCAAAAUGAAAAACAGACCAGUAUUGAUAAAAAGAAGCUGAAAGAGAGCCAAGCAGUUUCUGAUGAUUACAAAACAAACAGCAACAUAUAUGACCGAGGGCAUCUGAACCCAAGUCUGCACCACGAUGAUGGCGAUUCCAAGACUGCCACCUUCACCCUCACCAACAUCGUGCCUCAGUUCAAUCAGCUGAACCAGGGCACGUGGAACAACUACGAGACCCAAACCAUGAGAGACAAGAGUCAGGGGUGCAAAGUAACUUACGCCCUUGUUGGCGCCGUCCCUGGCAACCAAAAAGUGGGCAACGACCGGGUCACUGUGCCCAGCCACAUCUGGGCAGCUGCCUGCUGUCAGCUCAAAAAGAAUAAGCUGAGGUCCUGGGCAGCCAUUGCAACCAAUGACGAAAAUGAAACCAAAGUUACCACUGUGGGUGAGCUGGAGAACACACUCCAAAAGAUCUAUAAUGUGGGGGUCAAACUAUUCCAUCCUGAGUGCCCCAGAAAUUAAUCAGGAACACAGCAUGCCCAGCAAAGCGCCAUCUUCCCUUCCUCCACCAGAGGGAGCCGGAUCCCAAGCCCCCCCCCCCGCCCCCCGUUGCUCUCAGGAGGCUGAUAGAUUUCACGCUGGCAGAGCUCAGACCGGUGUGGCGCUGAAAUCGAAUUAAGCCCACAGGUCGAAUAUACGAGCCAGCUUUCCUGCCCCAUCAGGCCCGUGCAGUGCAAGAGCCCAGCAGCUGGGGAGCUGAGAGGCGGACUGCACUGCUGUGCCCCUGCUCUCUCUCUCCUGGUGGUGUCCAGUGUCCCUGCUGUCCAAGACCUGUUGUCUUCACGGUACCUGUGCUGUAUUCCUUCCUCGCCUGUCGCUAAAUAAAGCUGAAGUUGCAUCACA